AUGCUCGUGUCAUUUCUAACUUUGUUGCUUAUUUUAUCGUCUGGAAAUGGUCAGACAACUAAAAACUGUUGUUUACCCGAUGAAUAUGAAAUGGAUAUGGGAGAAACCGGAAGCACUUUUAAAGAUAAUGUAUUCCAGGAAAUGCAGGGAUUCUUGAGCACUUCCUACAGUCAUAAAGAUAGAAAAGUAUCGUCUAGAGGUACUAACGUUGUUAAUGGCCAACUUGUUCAAACAACUGUUUUAAUGGAUUACAAAACGCAUAGAGAAUAUAUCAAUGUUAAUGGUAAUUGUACUGUUUACGAGAUGAAAGCACCAAUGAUCAAUCCAUGUAUUCCAGAUAAUGCUUUAUUUGGUGGUAGAACAAGAUAUGGAUAUGGAAGUAAUCAUAUUGAUGUUGAUUUAUGGAGAUUUAACUUGUCAAAUCGUCCAGAUUCACCAAUCAAACUCAGUAUUACUGAUGAUUGUACCCCUAUCACACAAACACAAUUUGAUCCUAAAGCCCUUCUUGGUGGUAAAACAGAGGUAGUUUAUAUAUUCAGUAAUUUUAGACCUGGUAUUAAAGCUAGAAAUAUAUUUACAGUACCAACUGAAUGCCACAACAAACCUGUUCUGAAACAUCAUCUAUAA